GCAUUCUUUGCUGUCAUUCUCGAUCAAAGUCCUUUAUCUCUCAGGUGGAUGGAAGACGGGAUUUUGCGUUCUUUUGCUACACAAACAAAAAAAACUCUCAACUCAAAGCAUUCUUCCGGCAACAACAAAGGAAAAGACAAGCGGCGAUAUUCGCCUAAAAGGAUCGUCCCUCUUGCCGAUUAUCCGCACCUUUUCCUGUACUGUAUCCAUAUUCUUCGGCUUUGCUGUCUACCCUCUGACAGCGAAAGGAAUUUCUGUGUUCCCGACGUCGACACACUCGAUUGUAUUUUGCGCCUCCUAGUCAACUGGGAUCUUCUUCUUCGAUUCUAAGUCAGAACUUCAUGUAAAGAAGAUCUACACACAGCAUAUCUUAUCGAACUGUGCGGUGAACGGCACGGUCUUCUUUGGUGUGUGUGUGUGUGCUGAUUUCCCUCGCCAUUGCUCAUACUCUAACGUCUGGCCACUGUAACAGGCCAACAACAGUUUUAGCACCUGUCCAUUUUUUGUUCAAGUAGACCUUUCCUCUGCGGUUGCAACGAACGUUGUUUUGUUGCCACUGCCUGUUACUUCAUGCUAUUUCUAGCUUUUCUCUUCGCUGGUAACGGGUAUUGCUUGUCUAAGUCGCCGCCGCGAUGUUCAAUAAGUUUGUAGCGGACCUUCUCACAACGUACCUGGGUGAGUACUUCGACAACAUCGAUCGCGAACAGGUGAAAGUCUCCAUCUGGAAUGGGCGAGUGCAUCUGCGCCAUUUGAAGGUGCGCCGAGAUGCGCUGCGCUUCUUUGACGUGCCGGUGUGCGUGCUCAUGGGCGCCAUUGAGGAGCUCACGGUGAUCAUUCCGUGGACGAACCUUCGCUCGGAAUCGGUUGUGGUGCAGAUACGCAACGCACGGCUUAUCCUUUCCGACAAGGAAACGGCCGCCUACGAUGUAGAUCAGGAGAAGCGCGAGGAGCACGCACGCAAAACGCGCGAGCUUGACGCGACGGACGCAGCUUUAUUGACGGCCUUCAAAGAAGCCCAACUGGCAAAGCAAAAUCCCUCCCCUGCCUUCUCUGCUGACGCCAGCACAGAAAGCAGCGACAAUAAUUUUACGGCUCGUCUCAAGGCCACUAUUUUGAACAAUGUCCGCGUAGACAUAGAGCAGCUUUUCGUUCACUACACGUCCAGCGUCGCCCGCGCGACGCGCUCACAAGGCGACGAGGAAGACAGUGUCAUGACCUCAGCAGCACCACAGAGUCCAACCAGCUACUCGGCGCAAAGCCACGGCGCCGCCUCACCCACUGCCGCGCUGUCCCUCUCGACCAACAAAGACGUCCUCCAGGCCUCUCUGUCCUUCCAAAUUAGAAAGAUGACAACGUGCGGCUGCAACGAGCGCUUUGAGCCAGCGUUUGUGACCCCAGGCAAGCGCAUGUCUCGCCAGCUCAUCGCCUUUCGCGGUCUCGCCGUGUCUCUGCGCACCGGGGCAGCGGCGCAAACUGAGGUGCCCCUCCUCCACCCCUUCGAUAUCUCCCUUGAGCUGGCCUACCAACCCGUCGUCACGGACCCCACCACGCCGCAGUACAUGUUGGCACUGCACAUGGAUGAGACGUGCGCCUGCGUCGUGACCAGCGAGAGCUGCACCACGUGCUAUGAGCUGCUGCGCUACGUGCAGUACGUCCGCGCACGGCAGGCGUUACGGCGGCUGCGCCCCGUCGGUGCGCGACCGAGCGCACAACCGCGGCUAUGGUGGCGCUACGUGAGUGAUGCGGUGCGGCAGCAGGUGCGCCAUGACAAAAGCGCCUCUCUGGCUUCCGCGCACACGCCGGCCCCGUUUUCGUGGUUUACGUACACGACGACGAAAGCGAAGCGAGAUCGCUACAUGCGCCUCUACCUGCGCCGGCAGAGAGUUGCGCUUGGCGCCGCAAGCUGGCUGGAACCCCUCACUGCAGACGAACACGUAGAGAUGGUCGCGUUGGAGGAGGAGCUGACGAUUGAGGUGCUAAAGCUGGCGAAGCGGCUGGCGCUGGAGAGAGUAACGGUGGAACGCGGCGAAUACGAAAAGCUGCUGCGCGAGAAAAAAGAGUCGCUGGCUGCCUCGCCGUCCGCAACUUCACCCUCCACGAAAUCAGCAACGGCAGAGGCGGCGGCGGCAGUGGAUGCAAAUGCGCAAACGUCAGGCUCAACUGGCGGCUGGUUUUCCUUCUGGCGCUCUGUCCCACGACCAACAGAUGGUAGUGGCGGCUCGAAACAAAGUGGGGCGCCGGCCGACAACCUCGACGAUGAGGCGCGUGCGGAACUGCGGGAACUGGUUCAGCUGAUGACGGCGGCGAAGUGGACGGAUGCACAGCGCGCCGUCAUCGCACAGGAGUUUGGCAUGUCCGCCGAGGAGGCGAGGGAGCUGACCCUGCCCAGCACCACCGCCAGCCUUUGCAAUAGCACAGACGGCAGCAACACGGGAAUGGUGCGGGGAGCGGAUGGUCUGGAUCAUAACGAUGUGGGGGGUGGGUCGAGUGCGAGUCAACGCCGCUGCGCAGCUCCUGCGUGGGUUGUGUUUGUCCGUGCCAUUUCCGUGUCUCUUGAAUUGCGAAGCUGCAAGGCCGAGGAACAGGCACUGCACAGACCCUCCUCCUCCACGUCGGCUCCUCCCGCACAGGAGACGCUGGCGAAGCUGCUGUUGGGCAACCUGCAGAGUGGGGCCGAGUGGGGCGACGCCAGCGGUCGUAGCGGCGCUGCGGAGGCUGCCCUUCCCCUCGCCUACUACUGGGGAUGCGUCGAACUCCUCUCAGUCACCGCAGCGAAACUGAACAACCAAACGCCGCAGCAGCAGCAGGGCGAGCAGGCAAUCGUGAUGCUGCGGCGGCCACAACCAGCAGCAUCACCGCUUCGAACUGGCGUGCCCGUCGGUGACACAGCACCGCGACGCACACGGGCGUUCUCUCCGCUGGAAGCCUGCUGGUCCAUCUUGUCGGACGAAUGCUGUCGUAGGGCUGCAUGGCAGUGCGAGUGGACGCAGCGGUCGCCGCAGCAGCUCACUUCACGGGCGGCCGUUGUGCAUCGCGUGUGUGUCCGCUUAGCACCGCUUCACCUCGUUUUUGACAUCGUUCCUUUGCGGCACUUGGUCGACUUUUUCUUCACCGUCAUGUGGCCAAGCACUUCAGCGGUGGGGCCUGCCCAUUCGAAUCUCGAAAGCACCUCACCGCCAGUUAAAGGUGGCGUUCAUUCCACCUCCACUUUACCGGCAUCAACAGAGAGCUUUCUGACCGCUCUGCUCAUGCCCACCUCUCGACCUCUCACACAUGUCGAGCAGCGGUGCGCGACAGACACGGAGGCCCGCCUCAUCGUUCUCCGCCGUAAGGUAGAGCGGCAGCAUUCGAUUGAGUGGGACGUUCUCAUGGACAGUGUGACGGUAUCAUUGUCCGAAAUACCGGAUGUGCAGGGGUGCGAGCUGACAAUCGAUAGACUUGGGCUUCGUAAUGACAUUGUGCAGCGGCUGCAGCGGCAGGAACGUUUGCAGUGCAGUAAAAGCGGCGGAAACGGCGCAACAGAAGGCGCGGCUGCGCACACAACCCUGCUCGGGUCCGAGGAAACCGACUGGUUCGACUACACACACGUUGAGGCAGCCGCAGCCAGCAUCUCCGUUUUCCUUCCCGCUGCAUCGCCAGCCGAUGUUGAAUGCGGUCCGUCCACUUUAGCGCCGCCGGCGCCACUUGUGGUUCGACGAGUCGUUCUCUCUGAGACGCCGUUUGCCCUUGUGGUGGAGAGAAGUCUGCUGGGACGGUGCUUACCCGAGAAGCCCCCGUUCAAGCUGCGCCUCUCGUCGAGCGCCGCCGUGCAGCUGUCGUGGUCGCGGUCGUCGCUGUCGGUUCUCACCACCUCGUGCAGCACACUCGUCGAUCUCGUGGCGGCGGUCGCGGAGACGCUCGUGCAGCGCGGCGGCGCGGCCUCCAUCUCGACCGAAACCGAACCCGGUGGAGUCGACUCCACCGCCACCUUUCACGUUGGGGUCGUCCCCCACCGCACCCGCAUGGCGUAUUGGAGGGGCACCGAGGCGGCCGACAGCGGAAACCGUGAAGCAUCCGCAACCGCCUGCGACCACCUCGAUAACCCUGAGGUUUUCUACAAGCAAAUGCAUCCCUUUUCAGCGUCGCGCCUCUCCGCCACGACGGGGAUAACUUCGUCAGCCGGAGCGGCACCGUUGGCCAAGCGCCGGGUGGACAUUCGCACCGGCGUAUGCGUGCUCUACCACCCGGAGCGGGCCUCCUUCCCCGCAGAGUACUUCUCCCUGCAGCGUGGGUGCAUUCGAGUACGCCGUACGGAGACAAAGCGUCCGGGCGAUAACGCCGUCGCCUACCUCCUCCACCUCUACGUGUUGCAGGGUGGGGUGGACCAAGAGCAGGUCCUGACCGACGCGUGCGACGGGGCCGCGCAGCUGCUGGUGGACGCAGUCGGCGUACCGCCGGCGCUGUUGCAGAACGCGGUGUGGUUGGAGCGCGCCGUGCUCGCCUGGAUCGCCAACCAAGGGCAGGCACGAGAGGAGAAUGCAAGACAGGGCAACGGAAGUGGUGCUCCGCCGGCUCGUCCUCUCCCCAGUGCCGAGCAAGUUCGAAGUGCACUGGAGUUGGCGCUGAAGAGAGCGCACCUGAUGCCGUGCCGCUACGUGGCGUUCCAAUGCGCAACUGCCGAGGAGGCGCAGCAAAUGGAAAAGACGCUUCUUCGCUGCUGUGUGGACCCGUCAACCCCUUCGCUGGAGCUGACACCGGCGGUUCAGGUGCAGUACAACGCUGCUGUGGUCGCGCCCCAGCUGCGCAAACAGCCGUUGUGGAGUGUGCAGGUGGACUUUUCCUCUUUGCGGCUGACAUGUGAAGGCCGAGAGCCGGCUGCGUACUGCGAUGAGCUACCGCACUCCCUACCCAACACCAAGAAAGCGGCACAGACCGCACGACGCGAUGCUGUUCUGUCCUUUACGCCGUUUGGCUUAAGCUUCGAUCGCUUUGCAGAGAAGCAGCGCUUUGAAUUGACCGUCACCAACGAGACAGAGAUGUACGCCUGCAGCCCACGCUCCUCCGACGCCUCCAGCGCCGACAACGCACAGGACACGCAGGCAAAGCAGUCUUUGCUGAGAAUUGAACCGUUUGGUGCGGCUGUGACGUCACUGCCGCCAAACGCACCCGCUCCUGCUGCUGCUGCCUCCCUCUUCCUUCGCUUCAUCAUGUACUUCCGUCCCCAGCCUCUCCCGUCGAUGAAGCGCUGUGGCAUUUAUGUCGACCCUGCGUCAGCGGUGAAGCUCCACGUCGGGCCAGCGAUGUUCGAGUGGGUCGAGGCGUGGUGGGACAGCUUUGGGUUGUGGACGGAUCGUCUCUUUGCGGAGGAAGUUAUCGCAGGAUACCCUUGGUGGUCGCUCUCACCGACGGAGCCCUUCCGAAAGGCCCGUGAGGUGGAGGCGGCGUGGUGCAGUGCCGAUGAGUACGGGGGAAACGCGAUAAGUACGAUGGUGGACCUGACAGUGGCGGCGGUGGAGGUGGAGGUGGCGCUGCGGACACCAGCAGCAGCAGCAACGGUUCCGUCCUCGGACACGCCACCGCUUCGUGUGCCAGGGGAAUGCGUAGCUUUCCAAUUUGCGGCCCGUGACGUCUCUCUGCGGUGGCGGCUGACAGAGGCCCUCAAUCACGUACAUGUGGACGUGAAGCGUCCGGUGAUGCAGUGGCGGUGUCCUACGCUCUCAAGCGGCACCGAGUCCGCUGCGAGCUGGGUGGUUCUGAUGGACUCGCAAGCAGCCAUCGCAGCGGCUGGAUCUCCUGCAUCGAGUAGUGGUGCCGGGCUUUCACUUGACUGGAAGCUCCACAAGACGCCGCCGAUGUUGUCCACAUCGGACUGGCUCUGUAACGGCAGCAGUACCAUUUCAGCGAGAAGCCUUGAAGAAAGAGCAGCACACCCGCCUAUGGGCUUCCGUGAUCGACAGGAAGUAGCGGUGGAGCUGCGUUGCGUGAAACUCCUCUAUUGGCACCCGUUGCUGAUGCAGCUAAUACUGGCGUUUCGAGAUGACGUCCUGCACCGCGCCGCCACGCUGGUCCAUCGCGAGCCCUGCUGGUUUCACGCCGGGGUGCUUUACUGCCCACCGCUCACCUGGCCGCACCGCGGUGUGCCGCCGUCGGCGGAGAUCUCGUGGGACGACCUCCGCAAGUCUGUCACACUGCUUCGCGCGGUGCUGCGCGUGCCAGACGACGCACGGUGGUUAGAGAAGGCGAGCCACGGCGCACCCGUCGCGUGUUCGUGCGAAAUUGCGGUGGACGCGCUUACGUAUGCGGGUUGUCUUCGUGCGCUGUCUGCUGCCACGCCGACCGUCUCCCCAGCGGCGUCGCCUCCGCCGGAGGCGAGCUCCGGCGACGCUGCGGUCUCCGUCGCGAUGGUGCAGCGCUGCGAGUGGGCGUCAGUGGAGCAGGUGCACACCAUAGCGUUCCAUGAAAUGUCUCUGCGACGGUGCGACGCCUCUGCAACGCUGUCGACUGCGUUCGCAGCCUCGCUUCCUCGUUGGACCUUGACAAUGACGCUCCCGGUGUACCAGACCUCGUCCAUCUGGAAGGAAAAGGAGACAUGGCACAAGACCUUUCAUGUGUGCUUUCACCGCGGCAGUGCAAGUGGACCGGACGACCAACUAGAUGGUGGAGCGGUGUGGAGAGGCACCAGCACCGAUCUCGCCGUGCUGAUGAAUCUCGUGCACGCCAACUACGUUGCCGACAGCCCCGCUAGCAGCUCCAACGCAGAGGCGACAAUCGUGGAAGAAUACCAGAGGGAUGUGUCCCCCGCUUCCCUGCUCCAUCCCGUAGUGGAGACAAGCACGUGGGUUUUCGAUGUGGAGACGCGCUUUCAAACGCACCUCCUCUUGACGGAUGCGCAGAACUCGGCGUGCGAGAUAGAGCUCGGUGGAGCCCACGCGGUAGUGGACCGCAACGCGGCGGGAGAGCUGAGCUGUGCGCUCGAGGCGCGCCACUUUGUGAUUGGAAGUGACGCGCCGUAUUCACGCGAGAAGAUAAAUAACUCAAGCGAACAGGGUGACGUAGAACCGCUCUUUUCCUUUCCGGCAAAACUUUCAAGUGGUGUUCCCUCCUCGUCUACGUCGCCUUUGCUGCGCAUUCGUUACGGUUGGCGAUGGCUCGCAGCAAGCACCACAGCGCGUGCUCUGCACAUCGACGUCGAUGCAACGCACGACAUAGCAGUUACAGUGGACGGUCUUUCCCUCGGCAGUGUGCAGUCGCUUGUUCACUGUCCCGCGUUGUGCGAGAGCGUGAACCGGUACAUUGCACCUGGCAGUUCCGCCUCCGCAGCACAGACCACCCAAGGCUGGGCAACGAUAGCGGUGAAGUUGCAGUUUCCACAGCUGCACUGUCACAUGCCAUGCGUGCCUUCCUGCGAGGCUGAGCACACCUCCACAUCCUCUAUAUGUGACCUGCAACUCUGCGCCUCGUGCUCUAGGGUUUUGAUACAAUUGCGCAAGGAGAUAGAAGGGUGGAAAGGCAUGCUGCACGUGGGUCGUCUCGUGCGCUGCGUUCUGCACGAUCACCGAGAGACAGCUGCGGCAGCCGCUUUAGUCGUUCCUCUGGUGUUGGAACAACCGGCUGGCUGGUCACAGCCAGUUGCAUCGUCUCCGCGUGCACCCUGGCGAGCGCAGCCGUCGCCCUCGCCGACAAACCGAAGUGCUCAAACCAUGGAUGCCUCGAAACUGGCGCAGCAAAACAUGCUGGAUGAGCUUUUUGGGGAACUUCCUUCACCGGUGUCCACCGCGCCACCCGCCCCGCCGCGCUCCGCGCAACCAGAAGUGCAGGAGGCGUCCCAGCCCGCGUUGAGUAGACCGGGCGCUGAGAAGUGUCUUGUGGUGGAGUUUGCAUACAACCCUGCCAAAUCCACCUUCACCACGGUGCUGCAGCCGUUCUGGGUGCUCACGCCGUCCAUGGCGCACAUGUCGCUGUUGCUCGCGGGUGUUCUUCGGCAAGUGCGCAGCAUAGCCGCUGUCUUUCAGCAGACAAGCGUUGCCAGCGCAUCACCUGCGUCACCAAUGACGACGGCAGCUGACGGCUCCUUUGCGGUGGAUGUACGCGUAGGCACUGUGGCUGUGUUCGUGUUGAAAGAGGAGGUGACGGUGGGUCUGCAGUACUGCACGGCGCGGCAGGUCGAAGACGCCGUCAAACACGCGCUGGACUCCGAAGCGCUUCUUGUGACCACCGAGGCCGUCGUCGUUCAGUGGAACUCCGACAUUGCGGCGAAGCACAGCUCCAGCUGCCAGACCGUCUUGCAGCUGCGCAACACAUCCAUCUGCGCAUUGCGCGGACAGCAACACUGCACUCUUCUUCUGGAGCGCUUCAGUAUUGACGUCACGAGACAACUCAAGCAGAGCGACUCCAACGCGCCGUUGGAGGAGUGGAAACUGUCGCUAGAACCUCUUCAGCUGACGCUCACGCAAUUCCACUACGCCGCGCUGCUCCGUGUCGCAUUUCAGCAGGCGUCUUUUCUGGCCAUGUUGAUGAACUCCGCGUCGACUGCCUCGCACAGUUUGGCAGCUGCCGUGCAAAUCGCAGAGGCGAACGGGUCGGGCAUUGAGCAGCCGCUGCUGCACACAAUCGGCAACCCCACAAAUGCAGCCCAUCCUCCACAGCAGUCAGCAUCACAUCCAGGCAAGUGUAGACUUCGAAGCUACUGUGUACAACUCACGUCGUUGAACCUGCGGGUGGAGGAAGACAGCGAGGACGGCGAAGCCGUCGCGCACUCAGGGGCGUUGACGGCGGUGUACGUUCAACUGGAACGGCUUGACGCGACGUACUUCCAUGGAAAAGGAGCUGUGUAUGCCGCAGAGCAGCAGAGAGGACAGACGGCGAGCAAAUGGAAUGGGCAGUUGCGCAUCGCGAUAAGCCUGCAGAGCUGUCUUGUGGGUAAGGAGGGUGCCAUCCCCACCUUGUCGCUCGCGGCGCUGCCUUCCUCGUCGCACACAGGUACUUCUACCGCACCUUCUACCCCUUCCUGUGAGUUGCACAUUACGGAAAACGAGGAGACCAACGCAAAGAGCGGCGUGGUGUCUGUGAGACAAGUCACCGUAACCGUGGAGGCGGUUCCUGUGAUGGCCUGGGUCGACCUCCUCUACGCGCCGUACCUCCAGGUCGCUCUGCCGAACUACCAAACCGCCAGAGAGCUCGUCGUGCAGCGCGAUUUGUGGCUGAGCGAAGAUCUGGUGCUGACGGAGCGAGCGCCGCUGCGUGCAGUGAACAAGCUAUACAGCCUGUUGUACCUCUACGGCAACGGGCGCACCAUCUACCUCAACGCAGCGCGGCGAGGACAGCUUAUUUUGCUGGACGAGGGCAUGACACUGCGCAUUAUGCACGCCAACAUCUGCAUGGAAGCAGAAUCGAUUGAGGCGUACAUCAGCGCCGGCAACGGGUCCUACGUCGUUGUUGAUCGUGAGACGUGCACAGUGAUGCGACCCUCCGACGCUGCAGCAGCCGGCCGACAAGUCAGCGAGGAUCUGUUCACCUCUGCGGGGCAAGCGGAUAAUCAGCCCAAAGCCGUGCCAGCGCCCCUGACCACGUCGCAGCAGGCAAGCAACGUCACCAAAUGGGCAGAUUUUGAGGGUGAUGUGCAGGUGCAGCUUCGUGUGCCAGAGCCGCGCACCGCAUUCGCCGCAUCGCCUGCCGCGUCUCCCUUCAUGGCAACAUCGGCUGCUUCCCCUACCGCCACAGAAGCUCAACGCACCCUUGUGCUGUACAGCGACAUGCAUCUUACCCUUGUUAAUUCCGCCUCCACAGUCGACGAUAUCCGAGACGUAAGCGGCUUCUUUUCCCUUGCUCACGCGGGCGUUCGCACGGAGUUUCUCACCGCACACGGCGCCACCGUGGACACGUCCGACCUGCUCUCGGACUGGGCCAUGACGGUGCAGUACACCGAAGAAACCUGUUUUGCCGAAGGUGACCGUGGUGAUGUUAGGUCGGACAGUCGCGUGGGUAGCAGUGAAACGACGCACCCGUCCGCUGCACGCCGUGUGCAACACCUACGCAACGUGUCUCUCGACGCGAGCAGUGGUGUCGAGAUGCGCGUGCACUAUAGCGACGUCUUCUUUGUGUUGCGCGCGGCGCGACACGCGCAGGCGGUGUUUGCCAAAUGGAAAGACGCGAUGCGGCGUGACUUGGGGUCGAGUUUGUUAGCGCUACCGCAGAGCUGGGACGGAGAGGAAGUCGAAGGCAACCUGGUUAAUGAGUCUCUCAUGCGAGAGAGGAACCGGACUACAAGUAGCAGCGGAGCAGCGAGCAGCGUCGCGGCCGCUGCGUCGUCGACAGACGUAGUGUCCAAGACCUCGUUCGCCGUGCAGAUCCCGUACUUGAGCUUCUUUGCGGUGGACGACAGCCAGAACACCCACAUCCCGCUCUUCUGCCUCUACGUGAAUGAGGUUCGUACCCCGAGCUUCACGCUGGAGGCGCCGCACGUGAAGGCGGAGCUGCAAUUCACCCUGCAACUCGAUUCCUACGGGCUGGCCAAAUCGCAGUGGGCACCAGUGGUGGAUCCGCUGAGGGUCAACCUUGCGCUGGACUGGCGGCGAAACACGAGCAUUUCGGACGUGUACAACCGCCAGGGCUUCGUCCGACUCGCGGUGCAGACGGGCAGCGUGAAAGUGUACGCUACACUGGAGCUCCUGCGCAAUCUGCGACAACUGCAGCUGCUGCGCGCCAAAUUUGAGGAGGCGGGGGUGGAGAUGUUCAAGCACAACGUCACAGUCGGCAGAGUCACUCCUUCUCCUACCACAGAAGAGGGGUCUCCUUCCACCGCUUCUUCCUCGUCUUUUCACGCCUUUACGUUGCUUCAAACGACGGGGUUGGUGAUGGCAGCUCGACUGCCGCAAUACAUCCCGGAUGCACUCCACCAGUACAGCAGCAGCAGCGGCAACGACUCUCGUGCUCUUGCCUCUGGUGAGUCGUGGGCAUUCAACCUUCCUCGCUCGCAGGGCAAGGAGCUUCCUCGCGAGCAGCAGAAGAUCCUCGUUCAGCAGCAUGCCACCCAUUCGCAAAACCCCUCCGCUGACGGCGAAUCACGCGGUGCGGUGGUGUCUGUGGCUUCUGUGGGCGUUCAGCGCGUCUCUCUCAGCACCUCCGGGCCGCUGCGGCGCUACGUCGUCGCCGACGUCGCCGUGCCGCCACAGCAGCAAGGAUUGAAGCGCAUUCACCUCCACUCAACCGUCCUAUUUCAGAACCGGCUCAGCUCAGCUGUCUUGCAGCUGGCGAUGAACCAGCGAGGCACCUACGAUGCCGUGGGCGUUGUAGCAGCCGGCGCAGCGCAGUACGUGUCCGUUGACGCUCUUCGCCGUCGGGUGUGCCUUGCACUGUCAGAGACAGCGGCGACGGCGGAGCAGCAGCAGCAGCAGCACCAGGGACAGUCCUACGCACUCAGCCCCGACUCUUUAGUGACCCUCGGCGUCUCGUACGACGCGUUACCGUGUCUCGUAAACCACACCUUCCUGUGCGUAACUGCCGCCACCGCUGAUGAUGACGUAACUCGGGGACCAGCAACACAGCCACCCCUCGCCAAGGGCAAAGGCUUCACCAUUCUCGGUGGCAAAGCGACUAAACGGCACUUUCUCUUGCAGGUGGUUGCAGCCGCAAAUCAGCCGCUGGAUGUCCGGCGCUACCCCGCUCUCGCGCCCCUGCGUGUUGUCACGGUCGUUGCCGAAGCUGCCGUGACGAUUCACAACGCCGUGGGUCUUCCUCUUAUCGCGACACUGCUGACGCGGCGCGUGCAGCCCGGCAUGCGGGUGGGCCUUCUGGACCCCGCGCCGGACACCGCGGCCUACACGGUUGUUCACACAGCCACACUGGAAGCGAAUGCGAGCUACGGUGCAACGGAGAUGGACCCGCUGGAUGACGUGUGCGUGAGCGUGGCGUUGCAGCAGCCAAACGGCAAUCCGCUGCUGCAGUGGUCUUCACAGGUGGUCGAGAACCGCGGUGGAGCAGCGGAGCGUACGAGCGCGACGGCGUACUACCCACCCGCCUGCAUCUACUGCCCCGGGAAUCGUGCUCGGCGAGACGGACACCUGGUACUGGCCGACCCAGCAACAGGCGCCACGCUGGUCCUGCACAUCAAGUACACCAAGCGGCUGGUUACCUUGUACUGCCCUCACUGGAUCGUCAACGAGACGCAGCUUACACUGCAGUUGGCGGACACGUCGUUGCCACACGCGGCUGCGGCGGAUCGAUGCACGUACCCCAUCGCCGGUCUAGGAGGCCGCACGGUACGCAGCGGCACCAUGGCAUCAUGGGACGAGGCAAGGAGGACGCAGCAGAGCAACGAGCUGCUCAACGUAGAGAACGAAUCAAACGCCAACUCUCCCGUGUACCUCUACAACAGCCUUCGCGCUGAAUCGUGCAGCAAGAACAAAAACAACGCAGACGGCAACGGACUGUUUGUGCGUGUAUGGGAGACCGCCCCGUCCGGCUCGAACGAACCCGCGACUUUCUCCGACUGGUCGCAGCAGUCGCUGUCGGUCCACGAGGCGGCCGAUGAGCAAGUCGUCACCUGCGCCAGUCGUCGCACGCGGGGGAUGGUGUUGGUGCUUUCCUGUCGAGUAGAGCUGGGCAGUCGGACGCUUUUGCACGCCUACAGCGACACGCACGUGGUUUACAUCCGCCCGCGCUGGGUGCUCAUGAACAAGUCUCCUUACACGCUGUGCUUCGCGCAAAGUCUGCCCAGUGACGUGCAACGGAGUGACGGCAACUCCGUGUUUCUUCGCGUGAAAGCCUUCUCGGAGGCGGUCGUUCCGCCGCUCGUGAACGCGGCCACCGCGGGUCAGGGAGGUUGCCUCAACCCCCUCUUCUCCUUUUCCAUCUGCGACGACGCGCACCACAACGUUCAGCAGUGUUGCUGGAGCUCCGCGCUGCCCCUCAACGUCGCCCACGACGAUGCGACGAACCUCGUCUACCACAGCCUCAUCCCGAUUCGCGAGUACUGGCCACAAAGUCCAGCGAAUCCAUCGAACAGCGGGAGCGCUACGCCGCAAACAAUUCCCGACAGGUUGCCUCUCCUGCAGCCGGAGGACAUCAAAGAAGUCAACGGUGAGCUAUUUGUGGACCGCGAGGAGACGAAGGUGUUUACCACGACGGCGUACGCGUACAAGGGAUGCAUGAUGUGUGUCGAAGUCGAGGAGGCCCCGCGGCCGCCCAUCGUGGUGGAGAACCGCACACUGUACACCGUACGCUUCCGGCAGCGCGGGGUACGCCGUGUGUCGACCGUCUUUCCCCGGUGUCGUAAAGCGUGGACGUGGGACGCGGCACCGUCCGGACCGAGCACACCAGCCGUCGUGGAGCUGUGGCUGGAGCGAGAGCAGGACCCGUCAAGCAGUGCGGGGGAGAAGACGACGGGCGUCUCGAGCAGUAGGCGAUCGACGGCUGCGCUGUCAGCGUCGGCCCAUACGUUGUGCGUGCUCAACUUUGACCCGCAGCUAAUCAGCCAGCAGUCCCGAAGCGUGAACGGCUUUCAACAAGAGAUCGAGGUGGAGGAUCCCGCUCGAGGCACCUCGACCAUGUUGUUUGUGCGCGUCCGCGGCGUUCAUGGCAUGAGUUACGCUGUCAGUAUCACCACAGAGCCGACCAUCGACGCCUACCGCACGCUCCCCUAUCCCCAGCUGUCCUUCGCGUUGCAGGUGGAGAGCGUAUUUGCGUUGCUCUGCGGUGAGGACGCACAGGGUGUGCUGUCAUGCGCCAUAGAGCCGCUCACCUGCACCUUCGCGCAAGGGGUGCGACGCCGCCGGGAUGGCGCCAGCAGUGCAGCUGCAGCAGACGUAGAAGCCGCCGACGCCGACGUGCAACGCCUACAACUGCGCUUCCACCGCUUUCAGGUGGACGACGAGCGGCCUGCGGCAAAGGAGUGCGUCGUCGCGCAGCUCGUGGACGAUCGCGAGAGCGGCUUACAGGUGGAGCGGAAGCUGCUGCGCACCACGCCCAUCUUGUGCUGCUCAACGGCCGCGUUUCAUCUGGCGCCUCUCGAGUUGCACGUGGAGGACGGCUUCAUCACGGCAAUGAUGAGUUAUCAAGAGGUGAUACGCACUACGUGGGACUUCGCGGGGUGGAUGCGACACUCCGCAAACUGGCGUGCCGCCUUGUCGACAGCCGGAGAAGUUUCCGGCCCACCGUGGAGGGCAAGUCUGGACACGGCGUUGACGCUGGCAAGGCACGCGUACACGGAGCUGGCAGAUGGUGACAACAACGGUGGCGGUCUCGCGGCGCAUGGCUCCCGCUCUCGUCACGCGUCCGCCCCUCUGUGGAGCCGCGUCGUGGCCAUCGAUCAGCUCUACAUCGAUCCCAUCUUGGUAUCGCUGUCCUUGUACCGCUCUCCCGGUGCGGCCGACGACCCGUUGUGGAAGAUCGCCGGCGCUGCCAGCCUCCUCGUCGGCUCCACGCAGGACGCCCGACUGCAAUGGGACGCCGUGCAGCGCCGCCGCGUGUGCGACACCAUCUGGCACCUUUUCUUCGUCCACCGCAACGCCUACCAGGAUCAGAUGAAGAAGCAGUACAUGAGCCUGGUGAAUGUGAUGGGCCUCGACACGAUGCGCAACUUUGUGUCGGAUCUGCUGAACGCCUACAGCGACGACCCGCGAGACCGGCGCGACGGGGGCGGGAACCGCGCUGAGGGGCGGCGUCAAAAGCCGCGCGUGCCGCUGCGUCCCGGCGCCAAGUUCGGCAUCGAUGAGCCCCAAGACAAACACGCGCACGAGGGCCGUCGAGGUGGUGCCGCCGCUGUCCGCUACGGACUCGGCCCAACAGGCGCGCCCUCGCAAGACGCUGCAGCAGACACGGAGUCUUUGAGCGCCACGACGAUCUGGCUGCAGCAGACAAAGGAUCGGCGGGUGCAGGUGAAUGCGCAGCGCACGGAAACGGUGUCGGAGGUGGCGCGCAGCUACACUUGGAACGCCUUCAUGUCGGUCGCACAGGCGGCGGAGCUGCGUGCCUUCGGUGGAGUGGCCCUUGCGCGCUCUGUCGCGGACAUGGCCUCCACACCCCGGUACACGCAAGCAGUGAGCGAUAGGGCCGGUGGUCGCAGAAUGAGUGCGCAGGAGAUUGUCGUUGUUGGUGCCAAGAGGAGCGCAGGCGCGGCACGGGUACAGUGCACCCGCUGCGUCGAGCUCGAAGCACUGCGUUUGAAGCGCAUGCACGACGGCGCUGCGACGCCGCUACCGCACCCGAUUCGCGAUGGCUUGCUCACCUGGGAAGAGUUUGCGCACCACAUCAAUUGGUACGAGUUUCUUGACAUGUGCAGCGAUGAUGAGGUUUGCAAGUACGCACCACUUCUUCACGCUGCGGCUUCCGAGGCGUCCAGUAAUGUGUGCAUCAUCACACUGAACUAG